AGCUUUGACGUUACAACCAAGGUCACGUGAUGCUUUAUCCCACGUGACCUACGAGGAGGCGUCGUUUCUGUCGUUUCUUCAUAGAAGUAAACUCUGGUAAACUUGGGAACAGGAGUCAAUACGCGACAAAUACUCAGUUUAUGCACCGGACGUUCUAUGUAUCGCUUCAAGAGCUCCAAGUACAAAAAUGCCACUCCUAAGGUGCCAAAGAAAGGCGAGGGUUGGGUUCUCGACAUAUCUGUCGGCGCACCGCAGUCAUUCGGGAACCACAUAAAGGCUAGCGCUUUGCACAAGGUCUUCAGUGUUGACAACCGAGGAGGUGGAAGCCUCGGCGUCUUGCCGCUGGAUGACACGGGGAAAAAGAGCAAGAACUGCCCGUUACUUCACGCACAUUCCGAAUUCAUAACUGACUUUGAAUUUUGUCCGUACGAUGACGGCCUCCUGGCUACCUGCUCCCACGACGCCACUAUCAAAAUCUGGAGGAUUCCGGAUGGCGGUGUUGUGCCCAAUGUGCCCCACAAUCCCGAACUUGUGCUUCAACCUGGCAAGGCUCGCAUUGAGAACUUGUCGUUUAAUCCAGCUGUGGACUGCCUCCUGGCUGCAGCCACGGACAGUGCUCUGCAGAUCUGGGACCUAGUCAACCAGUCGGAGCUUGGCACCGAUUUGAAACACGAUGAGCUAGUACAGAGCUUGAGCUGGCGAGGUGAUGGCAACCAACUUGUGAGCUCGGGCAGAGACAAGAAGCUGAGAGUGUGGGACCCCAGGACACCAAGCAAUUCAAUGCAGGCACCUGGCCAUGCGAACAAUCGGGACUCCAGGGUACUCUGGUUGGGAAACACCGACUACAUCCUUUCAACUGGUUUGGGCAGUGCGAGGGAGCGUGAGGUGUGCCUUCGAGAUGUCCGCAGGUUCGACAUUCCCUGCACCAGUUGGUCGGGUGACAGUGCCAUGGGUGUUUACAUACCCCUCUUUGACCCAGACACCAACAUGCUGUUCCUGGCUGCUAAGGGUGACACUACUGUCAACUUUUGGGAAGUGACAUUCAAGGAGCCCUUCCUGAGCGAAGCAUCCAAGUACAUGGGUGAAGUGCAGACUAAAGGAGUGGGCCUAGUGCCCAAGCGUGCCCUGAAGGUGAUGGAUGGCGAAGUGAACAGAGUGCUCAUCCUGGGCCAGGACUGCAUUGUGCCCAUCCCCUACCUGGUGCCCCGCAAGACCUACAGGGACUUCCAUGCAGAUGUCUUUCCGGACACACAAGCACCAUCCCCCGCUACAACUGUGCCUGACUGGCUGUCUAAGAUCGCCUGUAAGCCCGUUCCCAGGGUGAGCUUGGACCCUGCCCGGAGGCCCAAGGAGGGUCUGGUGUGCACAGGACACAAGCUGGGGUCUGGCCCCACAUUUCUGGCUGCUGCAUCUCGGGAGAAAGACAUCAACCUGGUGCCAGCCGAGUACUCGAGUGAAGAUUUUGGUGACAAGAUCCUUCCAGAAAAGCCGAUUCCAGCUCCUAAGCCGGCUCCACGGACCAAAGUGAGCCGUUGGGAAGACCCCUCGGCCAGCACUAACGGCCUCAACGGGGACACUCCCACGUUCCUGCAUAAAACGGAACCUCGAACACGCUCAUCUAUGGCCUUCAGCACGGGGCCCUCCGCAGCCCCCAGGAGCACCCGUCGACAGCCAUCUCGUAAUGAGGGACGUGGCUUCAAAGUGCGAGUUUCCAAGUACCGGCACCUGAAUGGCUCAGUGGGCAGCCGGGACACUCAGAUCACCAACCUGCCACCCAUGUGUAAGACACUGCCUGGCGAGAGUGAAGGCUUCCGCGCCAACACCGAGCGCCUUGCCCUGCCCUUGGCUAUCUCGGGUGGCCAUCUGGCAAUCCUGGAGCUGUCCAAGAGAGGCCGUCUACAAUCUGGAGUUGUUCCCAGCCUCAUCUGCGGGACCAGCAUCAUGGACUUUGCCUGGGACCCCUUUAAUAACAGACGCAUUGCCAUAGCAUGUGAUGAUGGUCGAGUUCGUGUGUGGACUGUUCCCGAGGGCGGCCUGCAUGAGAGCCUGACAGAGCCGGACUUUGAGCUGAAGGGCCACACUGAAAAAGUCCACUUCGUGAAAUUCCAUCCGACAGCUGCUGGUGUGCUGGCCUCGGGAUCCCAUGACCUGACCGUGAUCAUCUGGGACAUGGAGACUUGCGAGUGCAAGAUUUGCCUCCAAGGACAUACUGACCAGAUUUUCAGUUUGGCAUGGGAUCCAGAUGGUGUCUUGUUGGCCACCUUGUGCAAAGACCAGAAGCUGCGAGUGUACGACCCUCGGAGGAGUGAGCUACCUGUGCGGGAGGGCCUGGGACCCACGGGCACUCGUGGAGCUCGAGUCACCUGGGUGCUUGGAGGGAGCCACCUGGUGACCACGGGCUUUAACAAAGUCUCUGAACGGCAAGUGAGCCUUUAUGACAUCAAGUCGCUCUCUGCCCCCCUGACAACAGAGGGCAUCGAUGUCAGUCCAGCCAUACUGAUCCCCUUCUAUGACGAGGACAGCUCAACACUGUUUCUCUCUGGAAAGGGUGACUCGACCAUCUUUGCCUUUGAGGUUGCCCUAGAUGCACCCUACUUGUUCCCCCUGUCGCACUACAAGUGCCCCGGGGGGCCCCACCAGGCGGUGGCCUUUCUGCCCAAGCUGGCCUGCAGUGCGGCUGAGGUAGAGUUUGCUUGUGCCUUCAGGCUGACCACAACCAGCGUGGAGCCACUGUCAUUCAGAGUGCCAAGGCUGCGGUCCGAGCUGUUCCAGGAUGACCUGUUUCCCGACACACGUGUCACCUGGCAACCAGCCCUGACAAGCGAGGAGUGGUUUGCGGGCGUGACAAGAGCACCGAAAUAUGUCAGCAUGCGUCCUCCAGAUAUGGAAUGCUUGUCUGAGGCUCCGGAAGUGCGUCCUCCGGCUCCGCAUGUUCCCAGGCUGCCACAGGACGUCAGUCUGGACUUUGAAGGAGACCUGACUCUCUCCAGCUCCGUCAUCGAGAGCAACAGGGAGAAAGAGGAACAGAUUAUAAAUUCCAUGAAGUCCAAGAUAACCAACCAUCAUGACGUCCUCCCACAGGAUAUGUUUGAGGGUGUGGAUCCAAAGGAAUGGGACGAAGACGAGUGAACUGCAGAGGCAGAACGAGAGCCCACCUCACUUUGCACAAUCGGCUUUGGGAGAGAGUGCCAAGUUGAAGCAUCAAGAGAAAAUUAUGUCUAAGUUAUUGCAAUGUAUUCAACAUAGUUUCACUUGAACUCUUGUAAAUUGUCUCCACUCUUGCUUCCCAAGAAAACUGCCUGAAAAGUAUCAUUAGCACUGCUUGUGUGAGCUUUGUUUGACUAGUAGAAAGAUUGUGGUGAAGCCGCCAUUGCAGCCAGAGUCCUUUUUCUCCUCCUGAAAAUGUCAUUUUAUGAGCAGGCAUACCUUAUUGUCUUGCUUAUAUUUUAAACCUUCUCUCAUUUUAGUUUAGUGGUGGAAAAUGUGUACUCUUCUAUUUUAGUUUAGGCUAAGAGUAAUGUAUUAAAGAAAUAAACAAAUUUGAUAAGAUGAUGAUUGAAAUGACACUGAUCUGGAAGCUUAAUACUCAUGGAGGAAGGGCUUGGUCACCAUUUCCAGGUGUUGCAUACCGUGUGUUUCUUGCUCACGGUAACAUUUUUUGUGUAAUGUUCUUGUUUCCUUGAACUGAAUGUGCACCAUUGUGAUUACAAGCAUGACAUGAUUUGUACCACACGCACUAGCACUGUCAAGGCAAAGCAUAUACUUAUUAAGGCUGUAUGACUGCUUAACUAGUCAAACUAAUACCUGAAGUCUGCAAUUUACCGAGGCUGGUGUAUAUUCCGAAAUGACCUGUCUGCAGGCAACGGAAUGCUUGGUAUCAUCCCAACACAACUAUUAAAGAUUUUUUGAAAGCUUUCUUUUAAACUGCUUUGGGUAAUUCUUUUCCUUUCAGUGCUGUGUUGUCCUCAAAAUAAUAAACUGAGAAAGGACUACAUUAUACUAACCGUGGUAUAUGCAAUGUACCCUUACACUUUCAUCAGUCCAAGCUGUGUGCUUUGUUUGCGGUUCAGGCAUUGUGCGAACAAGUUCAAGUGUGAUGCACAACACAACAUACAGAAAAUUUUUAGAUGCGAAGUAUCUCUUGCUCGGGGGUAUGUCCCGCGGCGUGGGCGUCCGCACUCACUAUGCAUGCACAACUCUCCUCCUUCCCUCUCUCCAACAGCUGCGCGUUACCCUCUCCACUUCUCUCCCAGCAGCUGCUUGCGCUUCUCCUGCGUUCUCGCUUCUGCUCUCGCGGCGCAUGCGCUACUCUCCUCCUCUAGUCUCCUCUCCUUCAAGCGAGCAGAGCGCUGCGCGCGUUGUCCAGCGCUUGCUUCGGUUGACUCCUCUGAAAUGCCGGCUCCAGAGACCGAAAUUCUCUCCUGCGCAACGCCGCGAUGAGUGCCAGCGCAUGCGUGUCCCCUCCCCCUCUCUCUCCUCUCCUACGCUGCCUCCCCUCUCAUGCGCCUGUAGACCGUGUUCCCCGCUCGCCCUCUGAGAAUUAACGGCCAGGCUAGAGGGAAGACACGAUGCGCGUAGUGUUCCUCUUCGCGUUCCAUGACGCAAGGUCGGUAGCAUGCCCAGCGAACGCCAACGGAACACGAUCGUGCAAGUGCUCCGGCUUCGCAUCGCCUCAUGGUCCCCUUUAGCGGAAGAUGGUGUAAUUUUUUUUUGCUUCCUUCAUUCCCAAGUCACUGAAUACAUGUCCAUGGCCGAAUACCUUUUAACCCUUUCAAGGUCAAAGACGUACAUGUACGUCAUCCUUUGUAUUUUAAAAAAAAUGCGCCUUUUUCGAUCAUUUUUCUUGCUUGACGUGUGCUGCCACGUUGUAGGAAUACAUAGAAUUUUUUUGUUGCGCCGAUGUGUCUCCAUUCUUUUUAUGCUUUACUACAGCGGUGCACCGGAUAGUUUGUUUCAUUCUUCGGCCAUUUCCCGCUUGUUACGCCCGCAAAACUGAUGGCUUUCUGGUUUAAAAUCUUUCAUAAGGUGACUGAUUUGUUACUAUUUCAUUUAUUGCUCUUUGGUACGCGAUUACGCCUGUUUCCGUGCAGGCGCCGAGUGACACAAACGAUGCCGCUGUGGUUGCGUUUCCUGUUUCGGGGACCCACAAAAACCGCUUCUGUCUUGUUAGCGAUAAGACGAAGGAUUAUUAUAGGUUUCGGACUUUUUUUCGCUUUCCGGACGCACUCACAACUACACAGUUUUCUUCAGUGCGCUCACCCAUGCAGUUUCCUUGUGCUAUGGAAGUGUGCAUUGGUGAAUGUGCUGCAAGUGAGCAGUGGCGAUUCCUCCAAAUUGCCGCUCGACUGGCGAAUCGGCAUCUGAUUCAGUAAAUGUCAGCCCGUCAUACGAGACUUUACUUACUAGUUAAAACUCGGAUGUUGAUGAGUGAGCGACAUUUCAAAAGCGCGUGCAGCGAGAUGAUGCUGUCUGGAUCAAAAGUGACUUUUCUCCCUCUGUGUUUCCACCUGACGCCACUUCACGCACUUAUUUUUGUACGUCUGUGAACUACACAGCCGUUUAUUGCAACGCAUAAUUUUUUAACGGUCGUAUGGGUUUUUUUAGAAUUUAUCUUGCUGUUACUCAUGAAUAAACCAUGUGUAUGUA